CAGAGGUGUUAAACCCUAUCCGUUGGAUGUAGCACCACAACUCGAGCACCUGUAACACCACAACUCGAGCACCUGUAACCGCACGCCAUGACGCAUGCCGCCGCCGCCGCCGCCGGCGGCGUGUCGCUGCGUCGCUCGUUCCUCCUCUCCCUCAAGCCGACCCGCUUCCUGUCCUCCUUCCCGGCCCCCUCGCCUGGCCUCAGCCACCCGCGCGCCCUCCGCCCGGCCGGUCCCUUGCGCUCCGAUGCCGAAGAGGCCGACGACGCGGACGCUGCAGACGGCGCCGCCGUGACCUUCGAGAAGAGCCGUAACGAGCUGAAGCGGGAGGCGCGCCGCGCCGUGCAGUGGGGCAUGGAACUCGCCAAGUUCUCCCCUCCCCAGAUCAAGCGCAUCCUCAGGGCCGCGUCGCUGGAGCGUGAGGUGUUCGACGCUCUCAUGCUCGUGAAGAGAUUUGGGCCCGAUGUGCGGGAAGGAAGGAGGAGGCAGUUCAAUUAUAUCGGAAGCCUUCUGCGCAGUGCACAACCUGAAUUGAUGGAUACUCUAAUACAGGCUUCCAAGGAUGGAGAUAAUAGCAAGUUACAUGCCUUAUUGAGUGAAGACACAUUGUUGGUGGAAGAGGAGGAAGUGGAGGACCCACCUGAUGAAGAAGAGGACGAUGAAAAGUAUAUGGAAAUUGCAGAGAGAUGGUUUGAGGGACUCCUUUGCAAAGACAUUUCAGUUAGUAAUGAAGUUUAUUCGGUCCAUAAUGUUGAAUUUGAUCGUCAGGAACUGCGGAAACUUGUGAGGAGAGUCCACAUGGUCCAAGCAAGCACGCAAAAUAAAGACAGUUUGGAAGAAUCUAACAUGAAGGUUUCCAGGGCAAAGAAAUCACUUCUGAGGUUUCUUCGCUCCCUUGCAAAGGAGGCAUAUGUUGAAUAGGUGAAACCUACUGAUACUUGGAAGGAUCGACAGCGAGACAAGUUUCUAUCUUUUUAUCCCCAUUCAUCAGUGCAGCACGUGUGUGGGUAAAUGGUAUCCACACCAAGACUGCAUAGCCAGCGAGAAAUUGGAUUCUUGGCCCAAAUUGAGAAAGACCGAUUCUGGUAUAUGAGCCAAACUACCAUGGAUGGAGUUCUCAGCUCAUUCAGUUCAAGGAUAUGUCAACUUACUAGGGAAAUCAUGUUCUUCAGUGUUACUUAUCUCAUAGAUAUCUGCUAUUUCCGUGUAAGAAUAAAUUAUCCACACUGCAUUAUUUGAGGACAAAGUGAGCCCUUUGUCAAGUCAAAUAAUAAGCUUUGUCCUAGUGACCAGGGAUUGUUUCUGAAAUCGAGUGGCUUCAUCUGUGCUGGCAAUCUGUUUUUGCUGCAUCUUUGGUCCAAUGACUACAUCUCAAUACCCACAGGUUACAAAUUUGCAAUAUCUUAAUCUCGAAACAAUUUUGGUUGAUGAUGUAAAGUUUAUUCUUAUCACCUUGGCUUGUCUUUAGAAAGAUGCUGAUGUAAUGUAGCCAUAUAAUUUAACGAUGCUCUAGCAUUUUUUUUAAA